UGUGAAUUUUUAGUGAUUUUUAUUAAUAUAUGUAUAUAACAUUCAUCAAAAUCUAAGCCAGGUUUGAUGAUCAAAAACGAGAAGGAUCAAACAGUACUUACCCAGCUGCUGCCUGGAAACCUUAUCAACCUCUUCUUCUUUAUCAUCUUCUUCAUUCUUAUAACACUUUCCCAACUACCACCAUUGGCGUACAAACUGGAUAGAAGCAAUCCAUUCCUGAGUUAUCUAAUUCCUGGUAAUACCCGUUUCGAGCACAAGCCCCAAACAUGACAACACAUCUACUAAUAUCUCUCUUAGGCAUUUCAUCGAACACCUUCCCAGCAUCUGUAACACUCCCACAUUCCACGAGCUUAGCUGCAAUUCACGUCAAGGGAGAGGUACCAGAUGUCACGAGAUGAGCAUGAAGCUUUCUUCCUUGGCAGAGAAUUCGAUUCAGCAUAAGAACCGAUUGACACUAACCGAAAAGAACACGGACUAUUGGAGAGUGUGUGGAGAAAUCAAAGCUUUGAAAUGCUGCGGUUAACGGUACGAACCGGAAUAAAUGCCACGGUUAAGAAUAAACCGGAAGUCUGAGGAGCGGUUAAUAGAAUUUGUCGUUUAUGAUUCAAAUUCGAUUUUAUGGUAGUUUGCUUAUAUGGUUUGUUUCAUUUAAUCUUAGUUGAAUUUGUAGAAUAUUAUUCUAAUAUUAUUGAAUUGUAUAAAUUGAGUGUUUUUCAAAAAAAAUUGUUGUUUUUGAUACAAAAGGCUAUGCUAAAAAAAAUAGUGAUUAGUAUUCUAUAAAUAGGCAUCUAUGGCUCCACAUAUCUCAACACUUUCUCAUUCUCUACAAUCACACUACCAAAACUCAGAGCGUUAACGUAUAUAAUGGCAAACGGCGGCGAUCACCCGACGGUUCCUCCUCGUCUACGUGGAAACCCCACCGCCAAUCCUCCUCCUCCUCGUCGACGCUUCACCCCACCAAGAAGAAGAGUCGAUCUCACCGAAGAGAAUCAAUCUUUACUCAACUCAUUUCGCUCCUCCGCCGCCUUAACUCCUCAAGAAACGGCCACGUGUACGCAGUCCUUGUUCAGGUUAAUGACUAGCAGCGAUGCGUCUCAGUUUAGAGAGCUGGUCGCAAGAUUAGGUGACGGAAACGAUCUCCGGAGGAUGGUCUCGCUCCUGACGUCAAACAACGCUCCCUUCUUGCAGACCGCGAGAAACGAGAACGGCUCCAACCGCAUGCAAGACCUCCUCGGAAGAACAGACGACUUGGACAACUUCUUCUUGAUCGCUAUCUUGCGCCGCUUCUUCGACGUCAUGUGCGACGGUGACUCGUCCCGCCUCGCGUUACGAGGGAUGCGUGUUUUCAGCCAGGAGAAGAGAGCAGCGAUGUACGACCACCUUCUCUGCGACGCGGUUAACCUAGCGUGCGACGCGGACGGCUACGUCGUGCUGAACGAUAUCAUAGACGACUCGGACCCGCGCUCUUUCUACGGAGGGCGGCUCUUGUACGUAGUGGCGCGCAACGCUCACCAGUUAAGCGACCAUGCUUUUGGGAGCCGUGUGGUCCAACGCGUGCUUCAGCUCAAUGACUUGCGUUGCACGCGUAAUGUUGCGGAUAGCCUCAGGGGCCAUUGCGUUUACCUAUCGCUUACAAAGUAUGGAAGCUACGUCGUGGAGAUGCUUUUGGAUACGGAGGCGGUUAUGGUGGCGGAUGAGCUUUUGUCGGGGUGUAAUGGAGAGGAGUUAGCGUUGCUGGCGAGGAAUGAGUUUGGGAGUUUCGUGGUGUUGAAGGCACUGAGAGUGACGCGGGGGAUGUAUAGGAGGGAUCUUUUUGGGGUUUUGGUGGAUAAGCUCAUGCCCUUUGUUCAUCACUUGGGUGGGUUUCAUGGACGCGUUCGAGCAUUCUUGGACAGGCUUUAGCCUUUACAAUUAGUUUUUUGUUUCAAAAGAUUGCUAUGAUACAUAUAUACUGAAAGUUGUCAGAUUCUAUGGUUUCUUAAUGAACUCUUGUAAUAAGAUUUGUUACUAAUAAUGGUUUAAGCGAUCCACAUUCGAUUCAAUACAACACAAAGUAUAAGUGUAAAUGGAUUAGUAGCAUUGCCUGAUGACCAUGAUCAUGAGGAUGAACCAAAAAACUUGUUUGUGGAUUCAGUCAUUCACAAAUGUAUGAGAAGAACAAAAAGAAGAGAGGAAACAAAUCAUUUCAAACAUAAGUAUUUCCAUUAAUUUUUUUCAUGGUUUCAACAGCUGCACGCGUCAUCUUGUUAUUCAAUAACCCAAUUUAUCCUCAAUACUCACAUUACAAUUUUAUUUUAUUUUUUAAAAUAAUAAUCAAUAGCUAGUAGAGGCGUUAUUUAACAAAAACUUAGUAGUGGUGCAUGCAUGUCUUCUAACGUGAAUUAUAAAGGGAGAGGAAGAUGAGUGAAAUUUUUCAAAGUAGUAACAAUAUAACCAACCUAACAUUAAAAAAAUCGAAAUCAAAGUGAUAAGAUUAGAUUCUAUGAAACGGAAAAGAAUACUCCAGCAACGUCACCAUGUAUAUGUAUUUAAUUACGUUCGUAUAAAUAGGCAUCAUCAUUCAUCACUCGACAUAUCUCCAACACUUUCUCAUUCUCUCCAAUCACACAACCAAAGCCCUUUCUUUAUCGAUCCUUCCAAGACAAAGAGCAAAGAGUUAACGUAUAUAAUGGCAAACGGUGGCGAUCUCCGUCCUGCCGCCGCAGGAGCAUCAAUCGAACGAGCGUCUCCGGUGGUCCCUCCACCUUCACGUGAAAUCCCCACCGCCAAUAUCCCUCCUGCAAGAUUCACCGCACCAAACAGAGUCAAUCUUACUGAAGAUAAUCAGUCUUUACUCAACUCAAUUCGCUCCUCCGCCGCCUUGACUCCUCAAGAAAGGAACACGUUGUUCAACUUAAUGACUAGCAGCGAAGAAAACGGUGCGGCUCAGUUUAGAGAGGUGGUCUCAAGAAGCGAUCUUCGGAGGAUGGCCUUGUUUCUGACGUCAGAUCUCGAUCGUUUCUUGGAGAUGGCAAGAAACAAGAACGGCUCCAACCGCAUACAGGAGCUACUCGGAAGAACAGACGACUUGGACACCUACUUCUUUAACGCUAUCUUGAGCCGCUUCGACCACAUCAUGACCGACUAUGAGGCGUCCCGCGUUGCGAUGCAAGGGAUGCGAGUUUUCAGCGAGGAGAAGAAGACAGAAAUGUGCAGCUACGUUCGCCACCACGCGAUUCCCCUGGCGUGUGACCGAAGCGGCUACGCCGUGCUGAAAGAAAUCAUAAACGUCUGGUCCAGCUUGGGCCAUUUUUUCUACAGAGACCAGCUCUUGGACAUAGUCGCGCGGAACGCUCUCUACUUAAGCUACGAUGCUCAUGGGAACUACGUGGUCCAACACGUGCUUCGACUGAAUGACUUGCGUUGCACGCAUAACGUUGCAGUUAGCCUCAGGGGGAGUUGCUUUGGCCUCUCGUUUACGAAGUUUGGAAGCUUUGUCGUGCAGAAGCUUUUGGAUACAGAGGAGGAGGCGGUUAUGGUUGUGAGAGAGUUGGUGCGGUGUGAUGAAGAGAGAUUGGUGAGGCUGGCGAGGAGUGAUUACGGGAAUUACGUGUUGGUGAAGGCACUGAGAGUGAUGCAGGAGAGUAAUAGGAUCGAUUUGUUUUGGGAUUUGGCGAAUAAGCUCAGGCCCUACGUUCAUCUCUUGCGUGGACGCAACGUUGGUGCAUUCUUGUACUGGCUUCGUUAGAUUUGUCACAAUGCCUGCAGGUUCUAUUGCUACGAUAUAUGCUGAAAGUUAUUAGAUUCUCUGUGGUUUGCUUAAUGAACUCUUGUAAUGAGAUUUGUCACUAAUGAUGGUAAGCGAGCCACAUUUGAUUCAACACAAAGUGAGUGUAAAUGAUAAAAUGGAUUGUUACCAUUGCCUUAUCACCAUGAUCAUGAGGAUGGAUUCAUUCACAAUGUAUGGGAAGAACAAAAAAAGAGAGGAAUUAAUCCAUUUCAAACAUAUUGAGACUGGACCAACAUAAGUAAAACCUGCAGGUUUGACAAAUUUAGUUAUCUUGACAAUUUUAAAAUUUGAACUAAUAUAUAGAUUACUGUUACUUUUAAUUAACAAAUCUUAAUUGUAGUUAGUAUGGUGAAUGAGAUUACGUAUGACGGUAUGAGCCCUUACAUGCUUAUACUGCUGGAUUUUGUUUUAUAUUUUUCAAGUUCUACAGCAUUUUAAUUAAAAUUAUUUACAGUGCAAUGUUGAAAAUUUUAUUUCCAAAAAUGAAUCUAUGAAUAAUAAGAGAAUUUCUACCAAUAGUAAAGAAAACAAAAAGAAAUUCGCUAUAUGAUUUUAUCACUCGCUACAUGAUGAGGUAAUUGGAGUUGAAGAACAAAAACAAUUUCGAAGGAUAAUUUGAGUAGCCUGUCAUUAACAUUAAAAGUCCAAAGAUAUAUUCAGUGACAAUAUUUGGGAAGAAAGAACAAAUGAAAAUUCUUUCAAAUUAUGGAAUGGUAUACCAAACUUGCUACUUUUGAAAGCAAUUAAAUCUUUAGAAAGACUGAAUUUUAUAAAAAAUACAAAUAAUAAAGGGGAAAAAUGGGUGAGUGAUUUGAAAAAAAAAGGGUAUAUGUUAGCCUACCAGAUCUCUUAAAGUUACUAUGUAGUCUUUUUUAAGCCGACAAUUCUACCUACCGCAUAUGAAGAAUCACUUUUGAAUCCAUCGCCUGAAUUUUUUUUUCUUUUAAUUCGUAUAAUUCCGCAUUUUCCGGAAAUUGAAACUUAAACUUCCUGAUAUAGAAGUAUUAAUGAAUUUUUGGUCAAACCACUGGACCAAAAAGACUUCCACGUAUUACUAUGUAGUCAUGACCAUAUAUAUAUAUAUAUAUAUAUAUAUAUAUAUAUCCUUACUACUGUAGUUUCAAACAAAUCACUAAUCUUCUCCUUGUUAUUAUAGUUACUUUUCAUUUAGUAAAUAAUUAGAUAUGAAUGAGUUUGAUUGUUUUUAGUUUCAAAUAUGUUAAGUUAUAUUUGAGAUUUCUUAAUAAUAAUAAUAUUAUUACUUAAUAAUAAUAUUAUAAUUAUGUUAAAAGAAUAUUAUAGUUUAUUCUUGUAAUUAUUUCCAUUUAUUUUUCAUGGUUUCAACAGUUUCACACAUCAUCUUGUUAUCCAAUGAUCCAAUUUAUUCUCAACACACUUAUAACUUAUUACACAUUUAUUUUUUAUUUUAUUUUUUAUAAUAAUCAAUCUAGUAGACGAGUUAAUUAACAAAAACUCAGUAGUGGUGCAUGCAUGUCUCGUAACGUGAAUUAUAAAGGUGGAGGGAGAUGAGUGAAGUUUUUCAAAGUGAUAACAAUAUAACCCAACAUUAAAAAACGAAGUCAUAAUAAUGAUAAAAUCAGAUUCUAUUAAAAACGUCGCCAUGUAUAUGCAUUUACGUUCAUAUAAAUAGGCAUUAUCUCAACACUUUCUCAUUCUCUACAAUCACACAACCAAAACUCUUUAUCCUUCCAAGACACACCGAUUAAAGAAUUAACGUAUAUAAUGGCAAACGGCGGCGAUCUUACCGCCACAGGAGCAUCCAUCAAACAAGAGCCUCCGGUGGUUCCUCCUCCUCGUCGACGUGAAAUCCCCACCGCCAAUAUCCCUCCUCCAAGAUUCGCCGCACCAAAUAGAGUCAAUCUUACUGAAGAGAAUCAAUCUUUACUCAACUCAUUUCGCUCCUCCGCCGCCAUGACUCCUCAAGAAACAGACGCGUGCAUGCAGUCCUUGUUCAACGUAAUCACUAGCAACGAAGAAGACGGUGCGGCUCAGUUUAGAGAAGUGAUCUCAAGAUUAGACGAGGGAAACGAUCUUCGGAAGAUGGCCUCGUUGCUGACGUCAGAUCUCAAUCGUUUCUUGGAGAUGGCAAUAGACGAUAACGGCUCGAACCGCAUACAAGAGCUACUCGGAAUAAGAGACGACGUGGACACCUUCUUCUACAACGCUAUCUUGAGCCGCUUCAACCACAUCAUGACCGACUAUGAGGCGUCCCGCGUUGCGAUGCAAGGGAUGCGAGUUUUCAGCGAGGAGAAGAAGACAGGAAUGUGCAACUACGUUCGCCACCACGCGGUUCACCUGGCGUGUGACCGAUGCGGCUACGCCGUGCUGAAACAAAUCAUAAACGUCUGGUCCAGCUUGGGCCAUUUUUUCUACAGAGACCAGCUCUUGUACGUAGUCGCGCAGAACGCUCUAGACUUGAGCUACCAUGCUCGUGGGAACUACGUGGUCCAACACGUGCUUCAGCUGAAUGACUUGCGUUGCACGCGUAACGUUGCAGUUAGCCUUAGUGGCCAUUACUUUGGCCUCUCAUUUACGAAGUUUGGAAGCUACGUCGUGGAGAAGCUUUUGGAUACGGAGGAGGCGGCGGUUAUGGUGGUGGAAGAGUUUCUCCGGUGUGAAGGAGAGAGUUUGGUGGGGCUUGCGACGAGUGCUUACGGGAACUUCGUGGUGGUGAAGGCACUGAGGGUGAUGCGGGAGAGGAAUAGGAGGGAUCAGUUUUGGGGUUUGGUGAAUAAGCUCAGGCCCCACGUUCAUCUCUUGCGUGGACGCAAGGUUGGUGCAUUCUUGUACUGGCUUCGUUAGAUUUGUCUCAAUGGCCUGCAGGUUCUAUUGCUUACAUUAUAUGCUUAAAGUUGUUAGAUUCUCUGUGGUCUGCUUAAUGAACUUUUGUAAUGAGAUUUGUCACUAAUGAUGGUCAGCCAUCUAUAUUCGAUUCAACAUAACAAAAAUAGAGCCAAUCCAUUUCAAACAUAAGGGGGAAAAGAUUGGAAUCAAACCAUUUCAAACUUAACACUGUUUCGAGAGUUGUGAAAAGACAAAAGAUGAAAGGAAACGAGAGAUCAACAAGAAGUAAGUAGGAUUCUCUCUUUUAUGUUUAUUAGAAUAAUAAAGUCUGAAAGCACUCUCA